AUGACAACCUCAUACAUUUUGGAUAAUACUAAAGAACACAUCAAAGACAUUGGAAAUAAUAAAGUUUCAACUCCAUUAGCGUUGGGUGCCGGUCAUGUUGAUCCUAAUAGAGCAAUUGAUCCUGGUCUUGUUUAUGAUGUUGGUGUACAAGAUUAUGUUAAUCUUCUUUGUGCACUUAACUACACGCAACAAAACAUCGCCGUCAUUACAAGAUCCACUUCUAAUAAUUGUUCUAAACCUUCAUUGGAUCUCAAUUAUCCUUCUUUUAUUGCUUUUAGCAAUAGUAAAAAUUCUUCUUCAAGGAUAAUACAACAGUUUUACAGAACAGUUACCAAUGUUGGUGAAGGACAAACAACUUAUGUUGCUAAAAUUACACCAAUUAAAGGGUUCAACAUAAGUGUUAUCCCAAAUAAGUUGGUAUUCAAUAAGAAGAAUGAGAAGAUAAGCUUCAAAUUGAAGAUUGAAGGCUCAAUAAAUACACAAAAUGAUGAAGUAGUUUUUGGGUACCUCACUUGGGAGGAUGGGAAGCAUGUGGUGAGAAGCCCUAUAGUGAUAACUACACGCAAUUUCAGUUUGUAG